UUUCAUGUACUCUUUGCCAGAGGGGAGAGAUGGAGAAUAUGCCACUGCUUUGCCUUAAUAAGACUAAUUAUCCCACACAUCUUAUUUAUUGAUCCUCAUGACAUACUUAGCCAUCCAGCAUCUUUAUUCUAUUUAGCGACUAUUUGCUUUCAGUCUUUGCUUCCUUUUCCUUUGAGCUUUGGAAAAGUUUUCUUUUGCUUUGAACUAUUCCUGCUUCCUAUACUGCUAUCCUAAGCUCCACCCACUUGGGACGUAGACCAUGUCCACAUCAGUACGCACAUUUUUGUUUGGAAAACCCCCACCAGAGUGGAGAUAUUCAAAACACUGACUUGGCGUCUGUGCGUGUGUGUGUAUGUGAACGGAGGACUGAGCUUUUUCAUUUGUCAGAACAAACGUCAAUCAUUUUUUCAAUUUAUAAUCCUAAACCUUAUUUCCAGAAAAAGUGCCUGUCAUCCACAAUCCUGAAGUGACACAUGAACGUUUUUGUCCCUACUAAAGAUAGAUAAACUGGUAAAAAGAGGCAGCUAAUGAAUGCAUGUCAUGGGACACACCUACCCAUUGGGCUGAUAAAGGCGCUUCCCCCAAGGUUCUAUAUACAUGCUGUGAGCAUGUAGUAACGGCUACAUUGAUGAGCUAGUCAGCUCCAAUAUGUAGCGUUACCUUUUGGCUAGUGACCUAUUCAUUGGGAACAAGCACAUGCUCAAGCGAGUCACUCGCCUGUGACGAGGUGUCAAUACCACAGUAUGGUAGUUCUUGGGAAUAACUGUUUUAAUAUACUUCAGAUGCAGCUCACGUGAUGGAAGUGGAGCCUUGUUGGCGCUUUUUGGAGGCGUGUCCCAUUACAUGCAUUCUUAGCAGCCUCUUUCCACUUUUUGUAUCUUUAAAACACACAGAGGGUCUCAGAAGGAUUGUAGAUGAUGGUCAACGGUCCAAAAAAGUUCAUUUUUCCCUUGGAGCAAGUGAAUUUCAUUCUGAGCCAACACAUUUUGCUACCACACAAGCAAUUAAAAGAACCAUUGAUGAUAAUUCCUGGCUUCCAUGUUGGCAAGCGCUGUUUGUAAUGAUGUAUGUGUCAUUCUACAUGCCGAAUAGGACGGUAUUGAUGAGAUGUGUCGCAAAAUACAACCCUGGCCAUUCAUUGGUUGGGCUUUCUGAGGACACCUAGUCACAUGACUGAAAAAACUCCACUCUGGUGGAUGGAAAUGUGCUUUUUUACACUGGAGUGGGGGGGAAAUACCCGGCAUGUGGACAUACACUAUUGACCCAAAUACAACAUGGCUUCUCUGUGAUGCUGGUAUGUACUGGUGUGUGUUUGGUGUGGUAGUCACAGAGCAGUGUUCUUUACAAGCAUAGUUUAGAAAGUUUUCAUCAAAUGAAAGAAAAAGAAGUAACAUAUUUUAAUCCAGCAGAUGGCAUUUUGUUUUGGAAUAUUUAACUUGCAUCACACGAGAAAUAUUGAGAAUGUUGACGUUUUUUGUGCUUAAUUGUCCCCUCCUAAACAGGUGAUGAAAAAGGGAGUGGUCUUAUAUUUGGGUCAAUGUGCCAUUUGAACUGAAUUCAAUGAGUAUACUUAUUAUUGUUAUAUUAUUUUAAUUGUUCUCGGACAGAAAAGCAUACAAGCCCAUUUCUGCCACUGGAGGAAAAAUCCUGUAGUAAUAAUGAGAAAUGAAAAUUAUGAGAUAUGACAUGUAUGUGCUUCUGGAUCCUUGGUCACAUGGCACAAUUUAUCUCACUUUUAUUUAUCCAUUAUGCCACCUUUUGGGAUGGCUCUUCUUUCAGUGAUGGAAACAUGCAUCCAUAAAGUGUUUUAAUCAGGUUCAUACGUUGCCAUUGAUGCUUCAAUCACUGCUACCAUGCACCGUACUAUAUGGUACAGUACCUAGCACUGUACACGCCCACAGUACCUGCCUUCAUCAUGUAGGGAAGUGAGGUAUAGCUCGUCAGUAGGUUAGUAUGCAGAAUACUGUUGAUUGGGAGGGAGAAAUUUGAUGGAAGUGCAAAUGUGCGAUAUGUUUUAUCCUAGCAGAGAAGCAAGAAAUAGUUUGAAGUGAAGCAUUGAGGCGCAUGUUUAGUCCAGCACCACGCAGGUUGACUAACGUUUAAUUGGACUUCUUUACACACACAGACCUUUGAAGCAUAUGUACAUAUGUUGCACAUGAAAGUACUCAUGAAGUACUGGCAUCAAUGCUAACCUUUUGAUUGAAGCAACCUUGCAGACGAGAAGUGUAAAAUGUGAUGCCCUCCGCUUUCUUAUCAAAUCACACGGCAAUAAUCAUUUGGAUCCACUUUGAGGAAGACAACUUUGACUUUGGGGAUGUGCAUGGAUUCUUUGGUGUAAAUAAACACUGCUGAACCUCACCUUGACCAUACGUGAAAGAAGAUGGCAGAGCAGAACCAAUGAUUUAUUUUUCUAAAGAGCAGUCAUGCCUCGCAAUAUCCUGCUACAGGAGGAGGAGUUCAACUGGCUUCUUAAAGAGGAAGUCCACGCCGUUCUCAAGCAGCUCCAAGAUGUCCUCAGGGAAGCAUCAAGACGUUUCUCCAUGCUGAUGCCAGGCCUGGAAAGCCAACUCAAGCAGGAAAACUUCAUCCUGGGAAGCUCCACGAUGGAUCAGGUGAAAGGUGUGCUCACACUGCAGGGAGAAGUGCUGACUCAGGCCGACAUCAACCUGAAGGUGACCAAGGGCAGCCAAGUGCAACACUUCCAGUUCAGGGAGGACAAGCAGUGGAAACUACAGCAGAUCCAGGAUGCCAGGAACCAUGUGACCCAGGCUCUUCAGCUGCUGGGCAGCCAUGACGAGAGCUACAACUUCAGGACGGGGGCGGAGGUCAACAAGCUUAUGGACGCUGUGAUGCUCCAGCUGACACGCGCACGAAACCGCCUCACCACCCCAGCAUCCAUGACUCUGCCCGAGCUGGCCACCAGUGGGCUGAUGAAAAUGUUCACUCCUCCCAUGCCUGGGGAUGUGAUGGUCAACUUCUACAUCAACCUAAGCAAGCUGUGUCUGACCGUCUACCAGCUCCAUGUGCUGCCGUCCAACACCACCAAGCAUUUCAAGCCAUCGGGAAGCUCGGUGCUGCACAAUCCUGGAGCCAUGUUUGAGCUGAACAACAACCGUUUCGAGGUCAGCCACGUCCACAAGGUGGAGUGUGUGGUGCCGUGGCUAAACGACACACUGGUCUUUUUCACCAUCUCCCUGCAGCUCUGCCAGCAGCUCAAAGACAAGAUAUCCGUCUUCUCCAGUUUCUGGAACUACAGACCUUUCUAACCUCCGCCUCAAAAACACAUGUGAAGGACAUGCUUCCAAAUAUUCCUCAUCACGUAUUUAUCUGCAGUCGAGUGGUGCAUGGUCAGCAGGAGCCAGUUUGACAACCAACUAACAUAGUCCAUACACAGUGUAUGGACACAGACUGUGUAUGGACACAUAGACUAGCCUUGUUUACACUUGCACGUAGCUACUUUGUUCCCUCACAAGUAGGCAGUUUAGCGUGGCAAUGAGUACAUUGGUGGUAAAGAGGUGUGCAGUAUGUGUAGAUACGGUGCUGCGUGCAGAGGGCAUAAACAGAAUACAAACUGAUCUUCCGGCUUUGUCGGUGUCCCGUAAAUGAAGAAAUAAAUGAGAAUUAUUGCAGGACAAUGUGGAGGCAAAACGCGUGCAAGCGUAAACGCGGCUUAUGUAUGAUGGGCAUUCCUGGCGUAUGUUUGUGAUGCAUUUGGCUUGAAUCUGUCUUCAUGUUUUUGUUGUGUGUACAGUGUUGGCUAGUUAUGAUCUGCUACAGUAUUUCCCGGUCCUUCUGUACUCGGUGUAUAAAUAAUGGGACCCGGUAUUUGAGUUUUUUGCAGGCCCUUACAUGUCUGGUUGCGUCAUCAAUUCAUGGGAAGUGAUGGGAAUUCAUACAAAUGAUCAUGGGAAAAAAAAUGGACAUUUUGCAACAACCAAAAUAGACGUCACGGCAGUUUUAUGCCGAUGAGUUCUAACAUUGGAUUUGCUUUUACUGUACUGAUAAGCAAAGAAUUAUUUUGCACAUUUAAGUGAAGUUAAAUAGUUAAAUAGCACCCCAUCAACAGUCCUUUGUCGCUUUUACAUGUUAAUUUCAGACGGGGAAAAACCCAAUCAACAAAUAAUUGCAUUUCAAAUGUCAUAUUUUUUUUCAUUUGAAAAGUCAUAGUCUAGCAUAGAAAUGUACACCAAGUGUGCAAUGAAGUUUUAUGUUUUAUCAAACAGUGAAAAAGAAUUGAAUGCAGGAAUUAGCUGCUGUUAAGUUGCAUUCCCUUUUCCUUAGAAAGCCAUGUGGCUAUGUCAGCAUUAAGCAUGUUUCUCUUAUUCAUUGCCUCCUUUGUGUCAUUCAUACAUUCCUUUUGUUGAAAUAAGCUAGCAGAUAUUUAUUUGACGUUUUGCACAUAUGAUGUUUAUUAUUCCCUGUCAUGUGAGUAGGUCAUUGUCUCAUUUCACAGCAUGCCAUGUGUCACAGAUCAAACACAGUCAGUCCAGGUAGUACACACUAGUACUUGCUACUGCACUACUGUACUGUACUCUUGGCUUUUCGGGCUGCACUGCUGAGAAAAAUGGCUUAUUAUGAACAAACUCAGUCCACUAAGUGUUGAUCCACUUUGAAAGCUGUCGUUAAAAUAAAGAAAUUAUUUAUCUGAUAUUGUGCAAUAAAAAUCUGAACUAAU